AUGGCAGGCUCAAUUUUGGACCGAUUGAACCAGAGCGUGGCCCAAUCCAGGGUCGGAAAAUACUUCUGCCUCGAGGGCUCCGGCGCCCGUCGCGAGCGUGUCGGAUCCAAGUUCACCACCGAGAUCCGCGCCGGCCUCACUACCUUCGUCACCAUGGCAUACAUUAUCUCGGUGAAUGCUUUGAUUGUGACGGACUCGGGUGGACCCUGUGUAUGCGAAAACGCAGAAGACCCAGUCUGCCUGACCGACCCGGCUUAUAACGAAUGUCUUGGAACCCUCAAACUCGAUAUGAUCACAGCCACCGCAGCCAUUGCUUGUAUCUCCACCCUCCUCAUGGGUCUAUUCGCCAACCUCCCUAUCGGUCUCGCCCCCGGCAUGGGUCUCAACGCCUACUUUACAUACACCGUCGUCGGGUUUCAUGGAGGCAACAAGAUCAAGUACGAGACCGCCCUCGCCGCCGUCUUUGUCGAGGGCUUGCUUUUCAUUCUCUUGUCCUUCUUUGGUGUUCGACAAUGGCUUGCUCGGUUGAUCCCUCAGAGUAUCAAAAUUGCUUCCGGUGCUGGUAUUGGACUGUACCUGUGCUUUAUUGGAAUGCAGACCUCGGCCGGUAUUGGACUCAUUGGUGCAGACGCCGCGACGCUGGUUCAUCUCGAUGGAUGUGAUAGAGAUGCCACGGGUGUCUGUAUUGACGGAACCCAUAUGCGGAGUCCGACCACCUGGAUGGGCAUCUUUGGAUUCAUCCUCAUCUCCAUCCUCCUCACUCUCCGCGUCAAGGGCUCGGUCCUCUACGGCAUUCUUGCCGUCUCGAUCCUCUCCUGGAUCCGCGGAACCAACUUUACCUACUUCCCUUACACCCCCGCCGGUGAGGCCUCAUUCGACUACUUCAAGAAGGUCGUCACCUUCCACCCCAUCCAGAUGACAUUCGCGAAGAUGAACUUUGACCUUAACAACCACGAGAUCUGGAUCGCGCUUAUCACCUUCCUCUACGUCGACAUCAUGGACACCACCGGUACCCUGUACUCCAUGGCCAAGUUCGGAGGAUAUAUGUACAGGAAUGGCGACUUUGACGGUUCAACCGCCGCCUUCUUGUGCGACGCAUCUUCCAUCACUAUUGGCGCUCUCUUUGGAGUGCCCCCCGUCACAGCCUACAUCGAAUCCGGAGCCGGUAUCACAGAGGGCGGCCGCACAGGUCUGACCUCGAUCUUCACCGCCUUCCUCUUCUUCGUCUCUCUCUUCUUCUCUCCCAUUUUCGCAUCCUUCCCUCCCUGGGCCACCGGCCCUGCCCUCAUCGUCGUCGGAUCCAUGAUGGCCAAAUCCGUUCAAUCCAUCAACUGGAACUACGUUGGUGACGCCAUCCCAGCCUUCUUGACCAUCGCCCUCAUGCCCCUCUCAUACUCCAUCUCCUACGGCCUCAUCGCCGGUAUCGGCACCUACGCCGCCAUCAACGGAUCCAUCUACGUUCUCGAACUCAUCUCUGGCGGCUUCACCGUCGAGAAUGUCUUGCCCGCAUGGAUGCAGAUCAUUAUCUGCAAGAUCAAUGGAACCACAUAUGUCGAUCCUUUGGAUAAGAUGGACGAAGAGGAUCGUUUGGAGCGGGAGCUCGCUGCGCGUGCGGAUGCGGUCGAUGCCAAGAUCGAGAUUGAUACCCAUGGCGCUCAACUUGCCCCUGCACCCGUUGAGCACUAA